GAGCCCUGAGGCCCUGCUGGCCGCUGGGCACAGGCCCAGCUGCGGGCUCCAGGGAUGGACCUCGUGGGCCCUGACAUCUUUAAUAGGGACCCCCGGGACCACUAUGACCUGCUGCAGCGGCUGGGUGGCGGCACCUAUGGGGAAGUCUUCAAGGCUCGGGACAAGGUGUCUGGGGACCUGGUGGCAUUGAAGAUGGUGAAGAUGGAGCCUGAUGAUGAUGUCUCCAUCCUUCAGAAGGAAAUUCUCAUGCUGAAAACUUGCCGGCACACCAACAUCGUGGCUUACCACGGUAGCUACCUCUGGUUGCAGAAACUCUGGAUCUGCAUGGAAUUCUGUGGGGCUGGUUCUCUCCAGGACAUCUACCAAGUGACGGGUGCCUUGUCUGAGCUGCAGAUUAGCUAUGUCUGCCGGGAAGUUCUGCAGGUGAGGAGGGGCCUGGGGGGUCCUGGGAGUGGGCAGAGCCCUGAUGUAGCCUGCAGGCAUCCACAGACUGCUGUCGGCCCUUCUCUGCAGGGACUGGCCUAUCUGCAUUCACAGAAGAAGAUACAUCGUGACAUCAAGGGAGCCAACAUACUCAUCAAUGAUGCUGGGGAGGUCAGAAUGGCUGACUUCGGGAUCUCAGCCCAAAUUGGGGCGACGCUGGCUAGGCGCCUCUCUUUCAUUGGAACACCCUACUGGAUGGCUCCAGAAGUGGCGGCCGUGGCCCUCAAGGGGGGAUACAACGAGCUGUGUGACAUCUGGUCCCUGGGCAUCACUGCCAUCGAACUGGCCGAGCUACAGCCCCCGCUUUUUGAUGUGCACCCUCUCAGAGUUCUCUUCCUCAUGACAAAGAGUGGCUACCAGCCUCCCCGGCUAAAGGAAAAGGGCCGAUGGUCGGCUGCUUUCCACAACUUUGUCAAAGUCACCCUCACUAAGAGCCCCAAGAAACGACCCAGUGCCACCAAGAUGCUCAGUCAUCAGCUGGUGUCCCAACCUGGGCUGAACAGAGGUCUGAUCCUAGAUCUUCUUGACAAACUGAGGAACCCCGGAAAAGGGUCCCCUGUGGGUGAGACUGAAGACGAGGAGCCUGAGCCACCCCCUGCCAUCCCCCGGCGGAUCAGAUCCACCCACAAGGCCAGCUCUCUGGGGAUCCCCGAUGCAGAUUGCUGUCGGCGGCACAUGGAGUUCAGGAAGCUUAGAGGAGUGGAGUCCAGGCCCCCAGCUGACAUGGCCUGUCUACAGCCCCCAGGAGACUUCAGGAGCAGCAGUCCCAGGAGCCAGCCGUCAGAGUCUGAUGACGACUAUGAUGACGUGGACAUCCCCACCCCUGCAGAGGACAUACCUCCUCCACUGCCCCCCAAGCCCAAGUUUCGUUCUCCAUCAGAUGACGGACCUGGGGGGAUGGGAGAUGAGGGGCAGCUGAGCCCAGGGGUGCUGGUCCGGUGUGCCAGUGGGCCUCCCCCACGCACCCCCCACCUUGGGCCUCCCCCAGCUACCCGAAGUCCCCACCUCACUGCCCACUCAGAACCCUCACUCUGGAACCCAGCUUCCCGGGAGCCUGACCAGCCCCCAGUGCUGCCCCCUAAGAAAGAAAAGAUGAAGAGAAAGGGAUGUACCCUCCUUGUGAAGUUGUUCAACGGCUGCCCCCUCCGUAUCCACAGCACGGCAGCCUGGACACACCCCUCCACCAAAGAUCAGCACCUACUACUGGGGGCAGAGGAAGGCAUUUUCAUCUUGAACCGGAAUGACCAGGAGGCCACCCUGGAAAUGCUCUUUCCCAGCCGGACUACCUGGGUGUACUCCAUCAACAACGUCCUCAUGUCUCUCUCAGGAAAGACCCCCCACCUGUACUCUCAUAGCAUCUUGGGCCUGCUGGAACGGAGAGAGACCAGAGCCGGGAACCCCAUCGCUCACAUUAGUCCCCACCGGCUACUGGCAAGGAAGAACAUGGUCUCCACCAAGAUCCAGGACACCAAAGGCUGCCGGGCGUGCUGUGUGGCGGAGGGUGCGAGCUCAGGGGGCCCAUUUCUGUGCGGGGCAUUGGAGACAUCGGUGGUCCUGCUCCAGUGGUACCAGCCCAUGAACAAGUUCCUGCUCGUCCGGCAGGUGCUGUUCCCGCUGCCCACGCCGCUACCCGUGUUCGCGCUGCUGACCGCGCCAGGCUCCGAGCUACCGGCCGUGUGCAUCGGCGUGAGCCCCGGGAGGCCGGCGAGGUCCGUGCUCUUCCACACCGUGCGCUUCGGCGCGCUGUCCUGCUGGCUGGGCGAUGCGAGCACCAAGCACGAGGGACCCGUGCAGGUGACCCAGGUGAAGGAAGACAUGGUGAUGGUGUUGAUGGACGGCUCUCUGAAGCUGGUGACCCCAGAGGGGACUCCGGUCCGAGGGCUUCGCACCCCUGAGAUCCCCAUGACGGAAGCAGUGGAGGCCGUGGCCAUGGUUGGGGGCCGGCUUCAGGCCUUCUGGAAGCAUGGAGUGCAGGUGUGGGCUCCAGGCUCCGACCAGCUGCUGCAGGAACUGAGAGACCCCACCCUCACCUUCCGUCUGCUUGGCUCCCCCAGGCCGGUAGUGGUGGAGACGCGGCCUGCAGACGACCCGACCGCCCCCAGCAACCUCUACAUCCAGGAAUGAGUCCCUAGGAGGCGUGGGGACAGCCCCUGCACCCCCACCAGACACACUAGGCCCCGCCAUGUCCUCUCUCCCAAUAAACAUGACUUCAGCCUCGGCUCGU